CUUUUUGAUCCACUCUUGGAAAAAGGUGACUGUGCAAAGGGGCGACAGCGGUUUGCUUUUAGAGCACACGGUUUGAAAAGCUCCUGAGCUGCAAACCUUCCAGCUAACGAAGAGGAAGGGCUUCCUCUCCCAGCUUGCUGCUUGCUGCUUUGCUAAGACUUCAAGUUGCUUGCUUGCUGGUCGUAACUGUGGUCGUCUACUUUGACAAAGGCUGAUAGGGAAGCCGCAGCUUGGUGAAGCAAAAUGAGCUCCGUCAAGGAUGCCGGCACUGAGGAGUCGGUUGAAAACCAGGCCACACGGGGAGCUUCCCAGAGCCUGAACAUGGAGCCUCUUCUCGGCAACGCCAGUCUGAAUCAAUGUAGCCGGCAUGAGAACGCCGCAGACUGCGACUGGGCUUGUGGACACUUCUCCCUCGUGGGCAGCGAGCUUGUCCAGGAGGCUGAAGGCGAGGGGCUAUUGGAGGAGGGCGGGCUGAAUCGAGAGAGUGUCAAUGACAACCACCCGUUGCAGCUGGGCGAGUCUUUAACACCGAUUGAAACGCAGACGCCAAAGGAGCAAGGCGGUGGUGGUGUGAACGGGGGCGAGAAGGCUGCAGGUCAGGGGCAUGAUGAGAGUCACGGGGGGCAUUCACACUCGCCGGAGGACAAGCUUUCGCAGCGGAUGAAGCAGGCGUUCCUGUCAGGAGUCGAGGGCUCCCCCAAGAAGGAGGGUCAGCCGGAGGUUAGUGCUAACCAGUCGGAGCCCAAUGCGCAGUUGACCGCUAACCAGCGCACGCAGAGCAGCCCCCCACCAGACCUGUGCCAGAUGGAGAAGACGGCCAUGAGGCCCCGGCUGGAGAAGACGGCCUCGGGAACGACAUUCACGAGCUUCUGGCGGCGCCCCGGGCUGCAGCUUUUCCGGAAGACGGAGGAGGCGCAAGUGACCCCACAGCUGAAGGACUCGCGCUCGCUUACUUCCCCUACAUCUUCCCGGGCCACCUCUCCAACCGGGCCGGGACGCCGUUCUGUUGCCCGCACCACAUCGGCGCCUUUGAACGUGACGCCAACCAAGUCGGUUGGGUCUCAGCAGGCUGCACUGCGCAGUAGCCCUGCGCAGCGUGGGCUCUUCCGCAGCCCCGAGUCGAGCCCCGACGCCUUCUCCUACUUCGAGCCCCCGCGUUCACAUCAGCAAAACUACGAGGGCGAGCAGAGUGUGAAUGCCCACUACCUGCACAAGACCCGCAGCGAGCCCCAGCAGUGGAAUCAGUCUCCACCGGAAACGGUCGUCGAGAACGUCGAAUGGAACAUGGAAGAAGAAGACGAAGACGCCGAGGGACGCGCUGGCAAUUUCGGCCGUGAGUCAGAAACUAGGGGUGGGGGAGAAUGCGUUGGGGGUUCUGCAAUCAGAGGGGGGCGAGCCGGCAUCGAGAGUCAGGUUAGCAAUGCGCCAAGCUGGGUGGACUACAGCACAGUGACUGAGGAGGGGUAUCACGAAAGGGGCCUGGUCACCCCCCACUCCGAAAACCCCGCCCAAAACCCUGCAAGUCCCGCUCUGGGGGGGUCUGGAAUCAGUAACGCCCAGGGGGAGAGUGCGGGGGGAGCUGCUGAGGGGAAGAGGCGGAGGAGAAGAAACCGGGGGAAGGGCCGCAAGAAGGCCUCGUCGGAAAGGGGGGCGGUCGCCGAGGCUGGGGAGAACGACUCUGUGGCCUCGGACUCGAGUUCAUUACAGGGCCUUCAAGGUUCGGGGGUUUUGGAGCGGGGUGGCAGUUUCACCAGAGGCGUCGGGGAGGGGGCGAAACGGGUAGGAAACAAGAUCGACGUGCAUUUGGCUGCUAAGAAAGCGGGGGGAGCUAACAAGGGUGAGGUUGGAUCUCAACAAGUGGGCAGUGAACAUUCACACCCUGAGGGGCAGCAGACGAAGGUAUCAGGCGCGAAUCUGCGUGCAAGUGGGGUGCUGACGUCAGCGCAGUCCGAGGGCAAGGCGAAGGACGCGGCUUCACACCAAGGCGACGGGUCCAGCGACGUGUCUAGUGUGAAUGCGUCCGUGUCGGAACCGAGGGAGCCGCGCCUGGCAGGCGACAGGUGGCAGCACGUGGUGCGCAAGGAAACCUCCGAGGAGGGGCCGGAUGUGGAAGAUGAAACGGAAGACAUCGAGCUCGUGGAAGAGGAGAACGACUCCGACGCAGCCUCCGAUGCCGACCUCUCGGACGCGGACGACCAGACCAACCAGGAGCUGACACGUGGCACCCGCAUCCGCGACAAUUUCUACCCCGCUCAGGACACAGAGGAGCAGGCGCGGAGCGGUAUGAAUAAGGCCGGACACGGUGUGAACACGGGGGAAAGGAGCGAAGACUAUGGGGGCAGAGAGGAGCAGUGGGAGUCGGAGCGUGGGGUGGGGUUCAACAAGUGGCACAUCGUGGCGAUGGUUGGAUGUUCAAUCCUGACGGCCUUUGUGGGUGGUCGCCUGUACUUCGAGCAUCUCCGACGGCAGGAGGCCAAGCGCCGGGCAGAAAAGACGUGCCGGAUUCCGGUUCCGUUCGGCUUCGGCGAGGUCGAAGUCGCUGAAGUCCUGCGGCCGCUCGUCUGCCCCAAAGAUCAUCGGGGUUACGUGUAAGGUUUCUGGGAGAGGGGGGUCUGAGCGGGUUAAGUGAGUUUGGGCAAAAUGUGCUAGUAGGGGUCCUGAGACGGUCUUCAGAGCUCCUUUUUCGGGGGGGUGGGGGGAAGGCUGCAAUACGAAGUUUUGACUCUUGCGGGAGUUGGUACUGAGGAGAAUGACACCUUGCUGGUUCCGGGCUGCUGAGUCGGCUUUCGAAGGGGUGGGGGGCCAUGAGGGCUGGCGACUUGUUCGUUGUACCCUGUACUGCAUCUGCAUACACUGUACAGAUUGCGGAGGACUAAUUCGGCCUUAGCUCAAGGCCAAUGUGUACAAACGCGUCAAGAUCUUUCGCAGCAGUUCUAUUUCGAGUCCGAGGGGUGUAGUAGAAAGCACAGAUAAUCGACAGCAACUACCGCGUGUGAAUAUGGGAUGUAUCAAUAGCUUCAACAACUCUGGGGGUGCGCCUAUGAAAAUGACCUACUUACAGCCCACGGUCGAAGCACUAGCAGGUUGUAAGUACCAGAAGAUAAGGCAUUAGCUAGAGGUGAGGUAGUGAAGCUGUCAAUGUAGAUAUUGUUACAUAUGGGUGGUGGGUCUGCGCUUAAACAUGCUUGCAUAGCUUGUCUGGGUAAAUCAGAGAGCACUUUGUGUUAUGAGUGCCAUAUUUGCCGUUCCAUUGUUGUUGAAUAAGUCCAGGACCAUAGUUGCUAUGUGAUAGGCUUCAUCGGAGAGGUUACACAAACCUGCUUGGCGUGUCCAUACCGGACCUUGUGUUUGAUACUCCCCAGCAUGGUGAUUGACAUCAAGUCC